GAUAAUAGAAGAGAAGUAAUAAAAUAUUGGAAUAAAUUAGAAUUAGUGUUAAGCGACUGGUAGAAUGGGCAAUUUAUAUGGUGAUAGCGGUGACAACGGUGGAGUUGAUCAAGAACACCAGCAAAGUAGUGAUUUUGUUAAUUGUUGCAGCAAAAUGCGAGAUAAUUUAACGGCCGAUGUAUCCAACUGCAGCAAUAGCAGCUGCGGUGCAACAUCAACGGCAGAACUUCGUGUACGUAAAAAUGGCUUCAAGGCCAAUGCAACAGAAGCCUCACCUGCCAAUGGUUGCCUGAAGAAGUGUAACACCCCGCAGUGUCCCAAGACGAAUGGCAAAGGAUGUAGCAGCGGCAAUGAGCCUGUGAUCACACCAGCACAGAAACUUUCAGAGUUUGCCGCGGAGCACAUACGCAAGACAUCGUUCGAGGAAGUGCCACUCCACACCGCCUGCCUUACAUAUUUGGGAUUCUACUUGCUUAUGAUACUUGGCUAUAUAAAUCAAUUGCUCUUUGUGCCGAAGGUCGCUAAGGAGGAGAAUCGUGAUGGCUAUGUGACACUCUAUGAUGCCUUUGAGAGUUUCUACUCGCGCUAUGUUUACCGACGCGUGCGAGAUUGCUGGAAUCGCCCGAUCUGCAGUGUACCUGGUGCAGAGGUCACUCUGAAGGAUCGCGUGACCAAGGACUAUGGCUGGAGUUUUCAGUUUACCGGCACAGAGACCCGUUGUUUGAAUUUGGGUUCAUAUAAUUAUUUGGGUUUCGCUGAUGCGAAGGGUGCUUGCGCUGAGAAUUCCGAAAAGACUGCGCGCGAAAUGGGCCUAGCUAUGACUUCAUCACGUGUAGAGUUGGGCACAACACAGCUGCACUUGGAUUUGGAACGUUUGACUGCACGCUAUUUGGGUGUAGAAGAUGCAAUUGUGUUUGGUAUGGGUUUCGCCACGAACGCUCUCAAUUUGCCAUCACUGAUAUCGCCCGGGUGCCUUGUGUUGAGCGAUGAAAAGAAUCAUGCAUCGAUUAUUUUGGGUCUACGAUUGUCGGGAGCCACAACGAAGGUGUUCAAGCACAAUAAUAUGCGCGAUUUGGAGCGUUUGCUGCGCUACAAUGUAGUCAAUGGCAAUACGAAAGCGGGCGGCAAACCAUGGAAGAAGAUAAUGAUUUUGGUGGAAGGUGUUUUCAGUAUGGAGGGCUCCAUUGUGCGUUUGCCGGAGAUUAUUGCUUUGAAGAAAAAAUACAAAGCUUAUUUGUAUUUAGAUGAAGCACACAGUAUUGGCGCAAUGGGUCCGAAUGGUGGUGGUGCUGUGGAUUACUUUGGCGUGGAUCCCAAGGAUGUAGAUAUCUUGAUGGGCACUUUCACGAAGAGUUUCGGCAGUUCUGGUGGCUAUAUAGCCGGUUCGAAGCAACUCAUUAACUUUUUGCGCACAAACAGUCACGCACAUUGCUAUGCUAGUAGCAUGUCGCCGCCUAUUGCUCAGCAGAUUUACACUUCGAUGAGCAUUAUAAUGGGACUGGAUGGCACCGAUACUGGUCGGCAGAAGAUCAAUCAAUUGGCGCGUAAUACACGCUAUUUCCGUCGUCGCUUAGCACAAAUGGGUGUAAUCACCUAUGGGCAUGAGGAUUCGCCUGUGGUGCCCAUGUUGGUGUACUUGUUUUCGAAAAUCGGCGCCGUUGUACGCACAUUGACCACACGCCACAUAGCUGUUGUAGGUGUGGGCUUCCCAGCGACACCCAUUAUGGAGGGGCGUAUACGUUAUUGUCUGUCGGCCGCACAUACCAAAGAACAAUUAGACAAUGCACUUGAAGUCAUCGACGAGAUAAGUGAUACAUUAGGCUUAAAAUACUCGCGGAAACCUCGUGAACCCAACCCAAUUGAGUAUUGAAUAGAAACAACGCUUACAUCUGUAACUCGCAAAGAGCAGAUAUGCACACAGUUCCAGUUGACAAUAGCGCACGAACAACUGCAAAGCAUAAGAAAUGUGUGUAUGUGUGGGGAAAAAUUUAGACAAUGUCUAUAAUAAAAAUAACGGAUAUGUUAUGAUAUCCCUAAGUAUUAAGCUAGAAUGCUUAAGCAGUUGCUUUGGUGGCCUUUAUUGUCUAUUGGGCUGGCCGUAUCUGCACUAAUUUUUCGAUUUCCCUACACAUUUUCAACAUGCAAAUCGAGCACUUCGGUAAACUAAAUAGAAAAUAAUUUAACAGUUAAUUGCGAUUGGUCACUUUUGAACUCUAGUUGCACAAAUAUGAACGCAUUUUGUUCGUAUGCACUGCCAGAAAAGUUCAAAAAUAUAUGUAGAAUAGAUGAUGGCUACAUUUAGCGUUGGAUGAUUGUGUCUGUGUGUGUACAUUUUUUUCGCUAAAGUCUUCUAUACGAAUUGUUACUUGAGAAUACUGUAACAUUAGCAUUUAUUUAUUUAUGUUUACUAAUAAACAUGAACGCAUACGACUUCUUGUUCACUGUACCGCUGCUGCUACCACUAUUACGAUACUAUCAUACAAAUGCAACAAACAACACUAUUAGUAAUGCUAGAAUGACAAAGUUUAUUAUUGUCAUUUUAUGUUUCAAGUAUUUUUUGCUAUUAUAUGUAUUUUUUUAAAUAAUUGCAUGAUGUUAUUUUAAUUUAAUUUUCCUAUUUUAAGUUUACUGUAAUUUAAACUACGUAUAAUGAGUAAUUAUAAUAAAGUCGAACAACCAAACAA